UGAUUAGUGUUGUAACUUAAAAAAUAAUAAUAUAUGUAUAUAUUUUAGUUUGGCUUUUAACGAUGCUUGGGAACUGAUCGUUAUGAAGUGAAGAUUGAAGAACAAAAAAAUACUUGGUGAUGAAAAAAAAUAUGUCGUUUUUGAUUCUUCACAUGAAGGUCAAUAAAUUAUAACUAAAAAUUGAAUUAAAAAAAAUUAUAAAAUGGACGAACUUGAUGAUUAUUUGGAUGAAAAUGUACUAGAAGAACUUUUGGCAGAUUUUGAUGCGAAUCAACAACAACAACAAGAGCAACAACAACAACAACAACAACAACAACAACAGCUUGAGAAUCUACAAUUACAACAGGUCCAAAAUUUCUUUCAACAACAACAACAACAACAACAACAAUUAUUUCCACAUAUUGUUAUACCUGAACAACCUGCUAAAACAGUGAGAUUUAGAUAUAAACUUGAAUGUGAAAGUAGAAGAUCUGCUAGUAGUAUACCAGGACGCAACAGCACACCUGAAAAUAAAACACUUCCAACAAUUCGAGUAAUUGAUUAUGUUGGACCAGCAUUUGUUUUUGCAUCAUUAGUUACAAAAGAUUCAUAUAAUGAUAAAUACAGAGCACAUCCUCAUAAUCUUGUUGGAAACAAAUGCAAAGAAGGUGUUUGUCAUUUUAAAAUAACUCUAACCGAUAAUACGGAUGUGCUCUUUCCAAAUUUGGGAAUACAGUGUGUUAAAAAAAAUGAAAUUAAAACUUCAUUGGAAACAAGAAAAGAAUUACGUAUUGAUCCAUUUAGAGCUGGUUUUUCACAUGCAAAUCGAUCAUAUGCAUUAAAUGUUGUUAGACUUUGUUUUGAAGUUUAUCUUCCAAAUGAAAAAGACGAAUUUAAAUUUCGACUUGAGCCAAUUGUUAGUGAACCAAUUUUUGAUGAAAAGACAUUGUCAUCUCUUCGUAUCCAUAGAGUAGAGCCUUGUUGUGCAUCAGCUGCUGGUAGUAAAACUGUCGUAUUAUUAUGUGAAAGAGUAUGGGAAAAUGAUAUCCAAGUUAGAUUUUAUGGAGAAAAAAAUAAUGAAAUAAUAUGGGAUAAAAAUGCUGUCGUUGAAGAUAUCUAUAUACACAAAAAGGUUACAAUAAUAUUGAAAACACCAAAAUAUGAUUUAAAUCCAGAUGAUAAAGCUGUCAAAGUAUUUGUUCAACUUCGUCGACCAUCUGAUGGUGCAGUUGGUGAACCAAGACCAUUUGAAAUGAUACAGAUUGGUGCAGAUGACCCUGAUUAUUUAAAACGCAAGAGAAUUAAAUAUGAUAAUGAUGAAACUCUAAAUAGUCUACGGAGAUUACAAAAUUCCAAUUAAAAUUACAAACUGUUGAUGCUGCCCAUCAACAUGAAACUGAUGAUUGACGUAAUUGUACAAUUAUUUAUUAAAUUUAUAUGC